AUGGUUGUAUAUGAGCAGUCAAAUAUACCUUUAACCAUUAUCUCUCGACUUUGUCAUAAUUUAUCUGCUUUAGUUGAUGGUGGUAAACGUCGUCGACGACGUCAGAUUUCUGUUCAGAUACCAAUGUCUGCUGCACAUCCAAAUGUGGCAGGAGGCAACGACGUAAACGUCCCUCCUAAAUACUUCGACGGUGGUAAUAAAAUAGGUGCUGGUGGUAAUCCAAGCGGGAAAGAUUUCGUAGGAAAUUAUUUAGGUAAUUCUCCUUAUCAAUCAAAUCCUUAUCAACAGGGAAUGAAUAAUCAGCCAUAUUAUGGAGCACAAGGUGUAAACUAUCCUUAUGCUGGACAAUAUCAAAAUCAAUAUCCAAUUACGGGACAGUUUGGACAAUAUGGUAGCCAAGGACAAUAUGGUACAGGCUAUCAGAAUCAAUAUAACAAUCAACAGGGUCAGUAUGGUUAUGGUACACAAUAUGGUAAUAAUUAUAAUAAUCGUCCAAAUAAUGGGCAAUGGUAUCCAAGUUCGAUAGGUUAUAAUUCUGGAUAUCCGUACUGGAACGACGGCAAACAAAAUCAAUUAAAUAUUUUUGUCUCAUUCGCAUCAUUAUUUAUAUUACUCCUAAUUAAUACUAAAGCUUAG